AUGCAUCCUGCAUAUCAGCCAGGGCAGAGACUCCCUCCUCCACCUCCGACGUCGACCGCACCUGGUCAGCAUGUCAUACCACUACCUCCGCCGCCUCCUCGAGCUCCAAUACAACAGUCGCAUGGCCUGUCAAUACCUCCACCGCCUCCAGGAGGCCCAACGGGCACACUGAACUACUGGGGCAGACAACAGAGCUAUCCAAUACCGGUUAACUCGACGCAACCCGGACCCUACAAUCCACGUGAAUACUCCACCUACCAGCAACAAUCGCUGCCACCUCCACCCGAAGAACGCCCUCUCACAUCUGCGACAUAUAUCCCCGGUGGAGAGUCCUUCGGUGUCGGUGUGGGUAUACCGCCGCUGUACACCCAGCCCCAAGCCCGCACCUACUCGGAAUCAUCCACCUAUUCACACUCCUACAAUGAGUACUCGGCGUCUACGGAGUCGUCGCGGACGGCCGAGACCGGAAUGACUACACCUAAUGAUAAUGACCUGUACAAUGAUAAUCGCACAUAUAAUCGAGUUCCUCAGACGCCCUCCCGAGCGAAUCACCAGUUGAACCUCCCUCCUUCUAGCUCAGCAUACGUCUCUCCAGGGCCGCCGACAGCGACGCUGGCGAACCCGCAAUACCAGCAACAUCCAUCCGAAAGCGUCCACAGCGCUGGUGCAUCCAGCAACGGUCCGAUAUCCCCCGCCGAUCCAGCCCUCCAGUGGCCGGUAGACCGUGUGAUGAUAUGGCUCAAUGCGCACGGCUACUCGAGCGAAUGGUCUGAGACAUUCGAAGAUCUGAGGAUUUAUGGCUCCUCUUUCCUCGAUCUCGGCAGGAACGAACUCCGACGCGAGAAGCUCCAAUACUGGAAGAACGAAAUCUAUCCUCGACUGAACAGGGCGUUCCAGAGCAGUGGGAAGCCGUACGAUUUCCAACAGAUCCGCGGGGAGGCGAGCAAGCUGCGCGGUCUGGUGAGAGCUAUCGUGGAUAACGGCUAUGUCAGUGCACCAUCUGCACCAGGCCGAACGCUGCACAGGCGUCAAGCCAGUCAACAAAGCGGACUCAUGACCGCCAGUGCCGGAACCGACGGGACGGUGGAGAACAGCCCAAAUAUCGGUGUUGGGCGCUCAGGAUUCAAUUCGGCGACCCCAACCACCGCAGGCACUGGGGACGAGAGCCCGGGCGGAUACAUGCCUAACGCAUCUGCUACCUACCUCAGACGGCUGUCUUCCAACAGGAAUCCUCCACGCGAUUAUGCCCAAGAGGGGAGGAGCAAAUACACGCAAGAAGUCCUUGCAGCUAUUAACGAUGGUCGAAAGCAUUCUCCAAGUGGAAGUCGAGAGCUCGAUCCCAAUUAUGCGGAGUCGUUUAGACACGGCGUCAGUCCGCAGCAGUCUCCGGGAUUGAAUUCCGUGCGGCCAACGAUGAGCUCCAGCAGUAGUAAAAGGUAUUAUGCCACCCACGCGAGAGGCAACAGCUCGGAAACGAGUCUUCCAGCACCUGUGCGCAAGGACGGUGGCAGGAAUGCGCAUGAGAACUCUCGCCCGCCCCCAGUGGAGAUCAGCCGGUCCGCCGGUUCGGAGACGCCAGCGAGCGCACGGGAACACAAGCCGGGCUUCUUUAGUAAGGUGCUACGGCACAAGCGGAAGGAUGAUGUCCAUCCGAGCCCGGACGAAAGCAGCGUGGAUUCUCCAACGAGUCCAGUCAACAAUAGGCAUGCUCCCGACACCGCCAGCUUGGAAUCGAGGAGCGGUAGGGCCUCGGCAGCAUUCACGUAUCCGCAGCGUGAUGACUCGCGCAAGUUUAUCUUUGUCACGCCUGAUGGGUGGAAUUAUCGUCUCAUCGAUAUCUCCUAUGUUGACACUGCAUUGUCGCUCCGGAAGACCAUCUGCGAAGCUUUAGGGCUGCCGUUCUCGAAUGCCAUAACUUUACACAUGACCGCGCCUGCGCUACUAGAUCACGACGAGGCACUUACCGAUGAGUUCCUGAUGCAUGCGCGGAAGAACUUGGGCGACUCGGUAGGGACAUUGAAACUCUUCGUACAUGUCCCAUCCGGCACUCUUACGCAGAACGGCGAUCUGGGUAUCAGCUUCGCGAGCCCCCUCGGCAGUCCUUUCGGUCGACCGAGCAUCUCCGGACGCCCGGUCGACGCGUUGAUCCGAACCAAUUCCGAGAACGUGGAUCCGGACGGAAUCAAGAGCACCGAGUCUACCCUCAUUGCGAACCGCGGCGACGCGCUGACGAGCAUCUCGAACGCCGUCGAUUCCAUCGACAAGAGCAAGCAGUGGAAUGCGACCGGCGAGCUUUCCGAAGCGGAUCUUCGCGAACAAGACGCGAUAUAUCGCCGCGAGACGGAAGCGAAGCAAGCGGCAUACCGCGAGAAGAAGCAGCAUUCCCUUCAGCGAGAUGGAAGGCCGCCAAGCGACGGUCCUGGUAUUCGAGGACAGGGCGUCAUCGAUUUCGAUCGAGGUCGUGAGAGCCCUUACGAGUCAAACAAGCCGUUUGAAUCGACGGGCACCGGCACCGGCACCUUUUCAAGCACCGGCAGCGGCGGGAGUGUCCGCAGCAAAGAGUUUACCCCGCUGCGCGCCCCGCCGAUCCCACCGGGCGAGACGAGCUUCGUGAAGAAAGCCAACUCGCUCACUCGGAACGCGGGUGUGAAGGCGCGGUCGAGUUGGCAAGAGGAAGAGCGGAAGAAGCGCUCGAGCGGCGAACGACCCGACCAGGGAGCUGCGUCUUCGUUCCGCGAAGUGAACGGUGCUGAGGGCGGCGUAUCACUAGGCGAGAAUGGGAAGCAACAGAGGGCGAUGGCGACGGUCAUGAGCCAGACCGGACAAUCGCGCAACGGCUCGCCAUCAGGGUCGCCGAGGAGUCCGGGGAGUUUGACGUGGAGUAGGGGAAAUAUUCCGUUCAAGAUUCCGGACUACGAAGAGGGCGAAGUGGUUGAAACCCAUCCCCGACGACCCGAGUUGCGCAUUCAGAUGCCGCUGGUCAAUCCGGCUGUCACGAAGAUCCGACAACAACAUGCGGAUUCGGAUCAGAACAGCUGGGGCAAGAGUGAGGACGUCAGUCCAAGCACAGCAACGCCGCCGAGCGGCCAAUCGACGUUGACGCUGGAGAAGGCCAGCAGUAUCCAGAGGAUGAGCAGUGGUCGGACGCCAGGAGCGCAUACCGAGUUCGUUGAGGCGAAAAUCACGUUUGACAAAUCUCCUGUGCCCAUGCAUGACACCGACUCUGAUGAGGAUGACAAUCUGUUCGCAAAACCACUAAGGGGCCGCCAGCCUCCGAACAUCCCGGAGAAGAGCUCGUCGCGAGAUCCCCGCCGCCCGAGUUUAACCGUCAAUACGGGAGGCAAAGUCACGGUAUUCACUCCAAAUGAACCCAGUGCAUCCAGCAGCAAUCGGACCAACUCCCCUCAAAAACCGGAAUCCGCCGAAUCGAGCAAGCGAGAUCCAUCUAGCGGCCUCACCCACAGCGCCUCGGGCGGCGAGACACCCGAGGGACCCAACAUGUUCAACCGCCGCGAGUCCUUCGCGAGCGACCUCUGGGCCAACCGCCCUCCCCCCGAAGCGCUCGUUGCCCACCUCGACGAGUUCUUCCCGAACGUCAACCUCGACCAACCGGUCCUCGACGAGGAGAUGCUCGAGCCAUCCGGAAGCCCGCCGGCGAGCCCGGUCGAGCAGAUGAGCCGGAAAGGCUCGAAGGAACCGGUGGGUCGGAGCCCGACGCCGGUGGCGGACGAGGAGACGGCGUUGAGUGAUGAGAGUACGUUGCGGCGCGGCGAUACAUUGAAGUCGGUCGCGCAGCGGAAUGUUCGCAAGUCGGGCGGAUUGGGGAGGACGAAGAGUAUUCGUGAGGUCGUGAAGGGGGCGUAUCAGCAACCGGAACAUCGGACGCAUAUGCCGGGUCCAGGACCAAGUCGAAUCGCCACCCUCAAAGCUGCCGCGAGUGGCGCGAUUGUCCGGAGAAAGAGCACCAAGAUGUUCGGCGCGAAGCUGGAGGAAGUGCGUCCGCCGCGCGGAAGUCGACUCCUCCAACUCGAGACCAUCCCACAAGAUACCCUGCCAGUCCCACAGCGGCAGCCCACGUUCAAAUGGAUGAAGGGCCAAUUGAUCGGCAAGGGCACGUUUGGCCGCGUCUACCUGGGCAUGAACAUGACCACCGGCGAGCUCAUCGCCGUCAAGCAAGUCGAGGUCAACACGAAAGCCGCCGGCUCCGAUAAAGAAAGGAUGAAGGAGAUGAUGCGCAGCCUCGACACGGAGAUCGAAACCAUGCAGCAUCUCGACCAUCCGAACAUCGUCAGCUACCUCGGGUGCGAGCGCAAGGACUUCAGUAUCUCCAUCUUCCUCGAGUACAUCUCCGGCGGCAGCAUCGGCAGUUGCCUGCGCAAGCAUGGCAAGUUCGAAGAAAGCGUCGUCAGCUCGCUGACGCGACAGACGCUCCAAGGGCUCGCGUACCUCCACCGUGAAGGCAUCCUCCACCGCGACCUCAAGGCCGACAACAUCCUCCUCGACCUCGACGGUACGUGCAAGAUCUCCGACUUCGGCAUCUCCAAGAAGUCCGACAACAUCUAUGGCAACGAUGUCACCAAUAGCAUGCAGGGCUCCGUCUUCUGGAUGGCGCCCGAGGUCAUCCGCAGCCAGGGCCAGGGGUACAGCGCCAAGGUCGACAUCUGGAGCCUGGGGUGCGUGGUGUUGGAGAUGUUCGCGGGACGGAGGCCGUGGAGUAAAGAGGAGGCGAUCGGGGCGAUUUAUAAGCUGGGGAGUCUGAAUCAGGCGCCGCCGAUUCCGGAUGAUGUGAGCAGUACGAUUAGCCCGGGGGCGAUCAGCUUCAUGUUGGAUUGCUUUACUAUCGACCCGAGUGAUCGACCUACAGCGGACACGUUGCUUCGCGCACCGUUCUGUUUCUCGGAUCCGCACUACAAUUUCUUGGACACGGAGUUGUAUGCGAAGAUUCGGAAUGCAUUCUAG